UAUUUUAUAUUUUUAAUACAUAAAUUAAUUAUAAAUAGUAAAUUUCAAAAAAUAUAAUGGUGUUUAUAAAGAUUUUAUUGAUUAAAAAUUGUGGAAAAUAGUUGAUAAUGAAAAUAAUAUAUUACUAACUAAAAUUUGAUAUUUUUUUAAUAAGUGUGAAAGAUUUAAAAUAUGCAUUUUUCUGAAACGGAGAGAAGAGUCUUGUCAAUUUAUUACAAUUGAUUAUAUGAAAACAGUCUAGUCAAACAUCGCAUCUGGGCCUAUGGGCCUACUAGGCUUAAAUACAUAAGCCCAUAAAAAAAUCCAUAGGUUUUAUUCAGGCAAAAGUGGAACACGGUUCUAAUUCUAAACAAGACAACAAUGGUGUCGUCGAAGAAACCGAACCAGGAGAAGAAGCCGAAGAGCGAUGGCGUCAACAAAGCUGGUGGUGGUAACACACGCAGCUCCGGUUCCAAACCGAAGAAGAAGAAUACCAACGUACAGGCCAUUGUGAAGAAGGAGCCGGAGGUUCACGAGAUCUCGGAAUCUUCGAGCAGCGACUCCGUAGAAGAAACGAGACGUGAUGAGCCGAUGAAAAGUAAUGGGGGAGGAGUGGAAGACGCUAAGAUGAUUAGGUUUCCGAUGAAUCGGAUCCGGAGGAUAAUGAGAAGCGAUAACUCUGCUCCUCAGAUCAUGCAGGACGCGGUCUUUCUUGUCAACAAAGCCACGGAAUUGUUCAUUGAGCGGUUUUCUGGAGAAGCUUAUGAAAGUUCUGUACAGGACAAAAAGAAAUUCAUUCACUACAAACAUCUCUCAUCUGUAGUGAGUAACAGUGAGAGAUACGAGUUCCUUGCGGAUUGUGUUCCUGAGAAAGUAAAAGCAGAGGUCGCGUUGGAAGAAUGGGAAAAAAGCAUGACAGAUGCAGGCUGAAAAUGAAACCGGUUGGAACCGACCUAAGCCGUGUGUCAUGUCCUGGUUUAUUGGCUCUCUGCCUAGUCUUCACCUUUCUUAAUAAAUAAUGAGAUUGCACAUAUUCCAUUACUAAAAUGUAUUACAUUUUCAAAAAAAUAAAUUGCAAUAUUUUUUAUAGAGUA